CAGAUUUUGUCAACGUGGAGGUUAGAACUAGAAAGAUGCUGUUACAAAAGAAUGCAAUAAUGAUGGGCCGGCUGAAGUACUUCAUCCUGUUUCUAUGCUGCUGUGCCGUGAGUGUUGUGUACAUCAUUAACGACAGCGUAUUUAGGAUAGACCUAUCGGCCGUCGGGACCUACAGACACGUAGGCCGACUUCUGUAUAAACCCGCCGCUAAAGUAGAUCCGGAAAAUGCCUGUAAUCGUCCGCCGAUGAAGAUCGACGACCCUGUGAUGAUGUCGUACUACACAAAACUUCCGCCGCCCGUGUGUGAAGGCGAGGAGAAUUGGGUCUACGUCGACAACGGUACCUUGAGAUUUUCUAAAUCAGUCGUGAAGAAGUACGGGAAUUUCACCUGUGACUUUUACAACCUGGUGAGGGUCCAUGAGUAUGACGUCACUUGGGGAAGCUCUUAUGUAAAUGUACAAGAAGGAUACCGCAUCCCAUCAGAUUUUUUUAAAGUCCGCUGCAAAGCGGAUGGUAACCACACCUACGACGGCAUCCACGCCGGGGUCGCCUACACCCACGACAGAGCGACUAGACCGGAAGUGGAUUUAAGCCAGGGGCUCGGCGGGCUGAGUAUCGCCAUCAUGGGCUACGAUUCAAUGUCAAGGUUAUCCUGGCUGCUGCGCCUUCCCAAGACGCGUGAGUACUUCAUGAGCUUGGGGGCCAUCGAGCUGGAGUCACACAACGUCGUGGGGGACGGGACGACGGCCGUCAUGUUUCCCAUGCUGACCGGCAAGGCUGAGUGGGAACUUCCCCAAUGUGGGAAAAACGUCAAAGGCGCCAACCCUCUGGACAACUUCCCUUUUCUCUGGCAUGAGUUCAAGAAAGCCGGAUACCUGACGUCAUGGUCCAACGGUCUGUCUGGCGCGUUCAACUGGCGGAUGCUGGGAUUCAGCCAGCAGCCGACAGACUUCUAUACCCGACAGUUUUUCUACGCCAUCGAUCCUUCGCGAUCCUUCCAAAGAGAGUGCAUCGGAAGCGAAAGGACGAUUCAAGUCUGGCUCAAAUACUUCAGAGAUAUUUUCGUCAUGUACAGGAACAGGCGAAAGUUCCUCUUCCAUUUCUUCGCGGAGUUAAGUCAUAACGACAAUAACAAGAUCACAAAGAUCGAUGAUGACCUGAAGGAAAGCGUCCAAUUUCUGCAUGACAACGGUUACCUUGACAACACAUUGUUUAUCUUGAUGGGAGACCAUGGCGCCAGGUACGGGAAAUUGCGUUCUACCUGGCAAGGUAAAAUGGAAGAGAGGCUGCCCUACUUCUCCUUCCUGUUCCCCAAAUGGUUUGAAGAGAAAUACCCCAAGGCCAUCCAAAACCUGCGGACAAACACCCGUAGACUGACCACGCCUUUUGAUAUCCACGAGACGUUGAAAGAUUUUUUACGUUUUGAUGGGACGGGGGUGGGGAAUGUCUCCAACAGAGGGAUCAGUUUGUUUAAAGAGAUUCCAUCGGAGCGGACGUGCGAGCAUGCGCAGAUAUCAUCUCAUUGGUGCGCAUGUCUAGCGUGGCAAAAUGCUUCCUCUAAAGACCCGGAUGUCAAAAAAGCUUUACGUUUCGUUCUAGACACCAUCAACAACUUCACUUCCGGAUUUAGAGAAGACUGCGCAGAGUUAUCCAUCGAAAACGUCACCACGGCGUUUAAACUAAAAAGCCGGAAGUCGAACUCGGAAGCCGGCACGGACAUGUUGACCUUGUACCAGCUGACAUUGUUCACCGCUCCGGGUCAUGGUCAUUUCGAGGUCACGGUCACUUUCGACAAAAAACAAAACAAGAUGGCCACAAGCGAGAAGGAAAUCAGCCGAAUCAACAAAUAUGGCGACGACCCCGAGUGUAUCCUGGGUAAAAAUAACCAGAUCAAACCGUAUUGUUAUUGUAAUGAUAAAAUCAAACGCUGAAAACCUUUCACCUGGGAGAUUUAUGAAUAAUCUCGUUUUGGGACGCAGCCAUAAAACAUGCAUUCAGUAAACAGUAAAAUACGUCUGUUUUACGUUUUACGGCAGGGAUAAAUAAGACGGAUGUUAUUUUUUUUAAAUUUAUGUAUUGAUUUAUUCAUUUAUUCAGUUAUUUAUUUAGCUUUGGCUUGGCAGGAUCGUUAGGAUCUGUGCCAUAUUGUGAGAUUAAAACGAAACUAUUGCAGUAUAAAUCGUUAGAUGUAAAAGACA